AAACGUUUCAAUAGUUUCACUUUUGUUAUGUUGUAAAUAGUUUUCUCCCUUCGGUGUUUUAUUAUACUCUUUGGUUCUCCCUCUUGAUUGUUUUCGUGCACUGUAUCACAAUUAAAUACACAGAUAAUUAUCGUUUAAAGUUAAUGGACUAUAGAUAUAUAUAUUGACCCACCGUUAGGGUUAAUAUUUUAGGGAAUUAUUUGGUAGAAAGUAAAAUAAAACAAUAACUACUAACAUACUAUAUAAUAAUAAUAUAUUUCGAAAUUAAUCACACAGACAGACACACAAAAAGAGCGGGAACCAAGCAAUACACGUUGUAUCUUACAUUGUAUUGUUAAUGCAACAAUGUUAAAAUUUAAUGUUGUUAUAUAUUUUGGGAAUCUAAUUUUUUUUUCUACAAUCGUAAAACUUGUAAAUAGCCAUAGACAUAAUGUUUUGAUAAUUUUAAUCGACGAUCUACGCCAUCUAUCGGACAAGGAUGUUUAUUUGCCUAACAUUGCCAAAUUAGCGGCAAAUGGGGUAAAUUUUGAAAAUGCAUGUGCUCAGCAAGCGUUAUGUGCACCAAGCCGUAAUUCAUUACUAACUGGACGUCGACCUGAUUCACUGCAUCUUUAUGAUUUUUAUAAUUACUGGCGAACUGAAGUCGGUAAUUUCACCACCAUACCACAAUUUUAUAAAGAAAACGGCUUCGAAACAUAUUCCGUUGGUAAGGUCUUCCAUCCGGGUGCGAGUUCAAACUUCACUGAUGAUUACCCUCUAAGCUGGUCGAAUGUACCAUACCAUCCCCCCACUGAAGUAUAUAAAGAUGCGGCGGUGUGUAAAGACAGAGAAACUUUGAGAUAUCAAAAGAAUUUAGUGUGCCCUGUCAAUAUAAACACUCAACCCGGGAAAUCGUUACCUGAUUUAGAAUCGCUGAAAUAUGCAACUAAGGUUAUCAAUGAGCGAAAUACCAGCAUACCAUUUCUAAUGGCAAUUGGUUUCCAUAAGCCUCACAUACCAUUAAAAUUCCCUGAAAAAUAUCUAGAAAGAGUUCCGAUAGAGACAGUACACCCACCACUACAGCCCAAUAAGCCAACAGGAACUCCAUCGGUCGCCUGGCACCCGUGGACAGAUGUACGGCACAGGGACGACAUUAAACGUCUAAACAUAUCAUUCCCAUAUGGCACCAUGCCUCCAGAAUGGACUUUAAAAAUAAGACAAAGUUAUUAUGCUGCGGCCACGUAUGUUGACGACUUAAUUGGAGAAUUAAUGGCUGUCAUUAACAAGAAUAACACAAUCGUAGUUUUAACGGGUGAUCACGGUUGGUCAUUAGGAGAAAAUGGUUUAUGGGCGAAAUACAGUAAUUUUGACGUCGCACUAAAAGUGCCGUUAAUAUUCAACAUCCCGGGAAUGUCUCACAAAUCAAUAAAAACUCCAGUUGAACUAAUUGACAUAUUUCCAACAUUAUUGGAACUUAGCGGAUUAUCUGACAACAUACCAACCUGUACCUGUCAUGAUAAAAGACCGCUGUGUUUUGAAGGAAGCAGUUUAGUACCACAAAUGGAUUCGGAUAGAUUUCAUAACAGUCCAAAGCGAAAAUCAUUUGCUCUCAGUCAAUACCCACGCCCUGGUGUGCGCUCUAAAUCAAACUCAGACAAACCUUGUUUAAAAGACAUCAAAAUAAUGGGUUAUAGUAUUAAAACAAGGCGAUUCAGAUACACAGAAUGGGUAUCUUUUAAUAAUACAUUAUUUACAAGGAAUUGGAACAAAGUUUACGGCUUAGAGCUAUACGAUCACAGCCUUGAUCCGGAGGAAUCAAACAAUGUAUAUUUUGAGCCCAAUUAUAAAAAGAUUGUGAAGUAUUUAUCAACAAUACUGAGAUCACAAGUAAAUACCUGUGAUAAUUAGCUUCGCUCCUAUUGGUCGUAAUCUAAUGAGUUGCUAUAAAAAAACAGUAUGGGUGAAAAGUGAUGAAUGUGUUUACC